AUACUGUCUUGAACGUGGAGCUCUAUGUCUUGGAAUUACAAACACCGUCGGAUCUAGCAUUUCACGUGAAACACAUUGUGGUGUUCAUAUUAACGCUGGUCCCGAAAUUGGUGUUGCAUCCACGAAGGCAUACACUUCCCAAUUUAUUGCUUUGGUGAUGAUGGCUAUUCAAUUGAGCGAAGAUCGUUCAUCCAUGACACAGAGACGUAAUGAUAUCAUUGACGAACUUCAUAAAUUACCAGAUUAUAUUAAACAAGUACUUAGCAUUGAUAAAGAAUUACAAAAAUUGGCUAAAGAAGUUCUUUACAAAGAAAAGAGUUUAUUAAUUAUGGGACGUGGGUUCCAAAACGCCACAUGUCUAGAAGGUGCAUUGAAAAUUAAGGAA